CGGGUGCGGCGCGCCCCUGGCCCGUCGAUGGCGGCCCGAGCGGGCCCUGCCGUGGCCGCCUGCGAGCCGUGCCGCUGUUAGGAGUGGUAAACGGGCUGCGCAUUCACCCCUUCGUCCAUCCGCCUUGGCGGCCGGCGGUCCCUCCGCCGACAUGUCGCUGGCCAUGGAGGAAGAGGAGUACGCCCGGCUGGUGAUGGAGUCGGAGCCCGAGUGGCUGCGGAGCGAGAUCAAGCGUCUUUUCCAGGAGCUGGGCGAGACCACCCGGGAGAAGAUCCAGGCGGCGGAGUACGGGCUGGCAGUGCUGGAAGAGAAACAGCAGUUGAAACAGCAGUAUGAGGAGCUGGAGCUAGAGUACGAGACCAUCCGCACCGAGAUGGAGCAGCUGAAGGAGGCUUUUGGACAGGCCCAUACUAACCACAAGAAAGUAGCAGCAGAUGGAGAGAGCAGAGAGGAAACCUUGAUUCAAGAAUCAGCUACCAAAGAAGAAUACUACAUGAAGAAGGUUAUGGAGUUGCAGACAGAAUUGAAACAGAUAAGAAAUGUCCUUGCCAACACACAGUCUGAAAGUGAACGCCUUAAUUCUGUUGCACAGGAACUGAAGGAGGUUAACCAAAAUGUGGAGAUCCAAAGGGCCCGCCUGCGAGAUGAUAUUAAGGAAUAUAAAUUCCGAGAAGCACGUUUGCUGCAAGACUAUACUGAACUUGAAGAGGAAAACAUCUGUUUGCAGAAACAAGUGUCUGUCCUGAAGCAAAGUCAGGUGGAGUUUGAAGGCUUGAAACAUGAAAUCAAAAGGCUGGAAGAGGAAACUGAGUUUCUCAAUAGCCAGCUGGAAGAUGCCAUCCGGCUGAAGGAGAUCUCUGAGCGCCAACUUGAGGAGGCCUUGGAAACACUGAAGACAGAGCGGGAGCAGAAGAACAACCUUCGGAAGGAGCUGUCUCACUACAUGAACAUCAAUGAUUCCAUGUACAACAGCCACUUAAACAUCUCUUUGGAUGGGCUGAAGUUCAGCGAUGAAGCCACAGAGCCCAAUAAUGAUGAAAUCAUGAAUGGAUUUGAACAAAACUGCCUCAGCAAACUCAGCAAUGGCAAAAACAGUACUUCAACACCCAAGAAAAAUGAAAGCUUUCCUCCAGCCCCAAGUCUGGUUUCAGAUCUUCUGAGUGAAUUAAACAUUUCUGAAAUCCAGAAGCUGAAACAACAGCUUGUGCAGAUGGAAAGAGAGAAGGUUAACUUAUUAACAACACUGCAGGAAUCUCAGAAGCAGCUGGAAAAUACACGGGGGGCUCUCUCAGAGCAGCAUGAGAAAAUUGGCAGACUCACUGAAAAUCUGAACGCCAUGAAGAAGCUCCAGGCCAGUAAGGAGCGUCAGUCUGCCCUUGAUAACGAGAAGGACCGAGAUAGCCAUGAAGAUGGAGACUAUUAUGAAGUUGACAUCAAUGGGCCAGAGAUCCUGGAAUGCAAGUACAAAGUGGCUGUGGCAGAAAUUACUGACCUGAAGGAAGAGCUCAAAAAUUUGAAAGCAAAGUACAAAGAAUGUGAGUCUAAGUAUGAGGAAGAGAAGAGUAGAUAUGAGACUGAGAGCCAAGCUCUCACUGAAAAGAUCACCUCACUGGAAAAGUCCAGUAGGCAUGAUAGAGAACAGAUGUCCAGGCUGGAGAAGGAGCUGAAGAAAGUCAGUGAUGUUGCUGGAGAAACACAGGGCAGCCUCAGCGUGGCUCAAGAUGAGCUAGUCACCUUCAGUGAAGAGCUGGCCAAUUUGUACCACCAUGUCUGCAUGUGCAACAAUGAAACUCCAAACAGAGUGAUGCUGGACUACUACAAGGAAGGUAAAGGUGGACGCAGUAGUCCAGAGGCCAAGGGAAGAAGGUCUCCCAUUCUUCUUUCUAAAGGGCUGUUGACUAUUGAGCUGGGAAAGGCAGAGAGUGGAAGUGGUGACGGCAGCCCAUCCCCGGUGUCAUCUCUGCCUUCCCCUGUGUCAGAUCCUCGGAAGGAACCGAUGAACAUUUAUAACUUGAUUGCUAUAAUUCGGGAUCAGAUCAAACACCUGCAGGCUGCUGUGGACAGAACAACCGAGCUGUCCAGGCAGCGCGUUGCUACUCAAGAGCUUGGGCCAGUGGUGGACAAAGACAAGGAAGUUCUUAUGGAAGAAAUCCUGAAGCUGAAGUCCUUGCUGAGCACCAAGAGGGAACAGAUAGCAACUCUGAGAACUGUGCUGAAAGCCAACAAACAGACUGCAGAAGUAGCCCUUGCUAACUUAAAAAGCAAGUAUGAGAAUGAGAAAGCGAUGGUUACAGAGACCAUGAUGAAACUGCGAAAUGAGCUGAAGGCUUUGAAGGAAGAUGCUGCCACCUUCUCUUCCCUGAGAGCUAUGUUUGCUACAAGAUGUGAUGAGUAUGUCACACAGCUCGAUGAAAUGCAGCGGCAACUUGCAGCAGCUGAGGAUGAGAAGAAGACUCUGAACUCCUUGCUUCGGAUGGCUAUCCAACAGAAACUGGCCUUGACCCAGCGCCUGGAACAUUUGGAACUGGACCACGAGCAGUCCAAAAGGGUGCGCACAAAGUCUGCUUCCAAAGCCAAGGGCAGUAACCCCAGUGUAAGUCCCAUUCGGUCCUGUGGAGACAGGUCUGAAGGAUCUGUCCUGAACAACCAGGUGUUUUGUAGUGAGAAAUAUAAAAUCUGUUGUGACUAGGACACAUGUCUAGAAAAACCAUAUUCUGCAUCUUAUUUUAUGCUGUAACUGUCAGCCUAAAUCCCCACUAUCUAACAUCACGAUGAGUUGACUCAUACUAGUGUGUUGUUGGGCCAGGUAAUACAGAUGUAUUACAGUGGUCCUAACUGUAGCUAAUGCAUAAGUAUGGGGAUACUAUUAACAAGUUAAUAGUGGAAAUCAGUUAGCUUUUUCCACAAUUAACAGGUCUGGGGUUUGCUGUUUAUGGUGAGUGUUAAGAGUAUGCCUGAUAGAGUAUGUAUCUGGUGUUACUUGCUGUAGUUUGUAUAGCACAAAUGUGAUCCUUUCUCCAGGGUUGCAGUAUACUUCAAUAAAUGCUUUCAUAGGCAGAAACAAACGGAAAACCCUCUUUGUGACUGUGGCUUAAGUGAUGAAAAACAAAGUUAAAAUUAGAGCUGUCUCCAGAAUUCAGAGCAUUUGGAAACUGGAGUCACGCUUAAUUUGCCUGUUGUAGCGGAUGUUAAAUACUUGCUGUUGUAUCACCACUAACCAAAGUCCUAAAGCUUUUAUAGGCUAUAAAAGCUAAAACAAAACCUGGUACAUUAUUUACACUCUGCGUCCCUCUCUUCAGAGGGAUAUUCAGAAGAAACUUGCACAUUUAUAUUAAAAAUAUGCAAUAUUAACUCCAUCUGAUACAAAAUUUAAAAUGUUAAGAAUUGGGAUUCUACCUGGUAGACACUUCCACUUUAAGAAGUUAUGUCCUGAAAGGUUCUGUGUGGUCUUAUUUUGCUCCUUGCAAGCAUAACACUUUAGAAAGAACCCGUCUGAGUUAUCCUGUACAGGAAAGUAGCCACACAAUAUAUAUGUCUAGGAUUUAUGUGACUGUGGUCUCGCAUUGUUAGUCACAAACAGUUUUUCUCAGCUCUCAGUAUUAACCUAAAUAGGUAGCAUUUCAGAGCUUUGAUCAUUUUUUUAAGUACACGGAAGGUAUGGCAUUCCGUAUGCAAGCCAUGUGUUUCACAGGGCUCUACAUUAGAGGCACAGGAAAUUGGUCCAGAUCAUCCUGCUAAUAAUGAUUUAUGAAGUAGCUUAGUGCACAUAUUAAUCUUUAAAGACUAAUAAACCUUUGUCUGAUAUUGAACUUUUAAGGGGCCUUUCUACCCACUUAAUUACAGUAAGUUUGACAGUAUAGAAGUGUACUUUCUAAUUGGUGCCUACAUAAGAAAAAAAGAUUGAAAAUGUUGCUUCUAAAAUUGUGGAAAAUUUGUGGAACACAGAAAGGCACAGUUCUUUGUUUAACCCGGAGUUUGAAGUGCCUAGCCUCAGACUUUAUUUUAAUGUAAAGCCCUGUUAAUUUUGUACUCUUUCAAAUACUUACGUAUGCCUGUAGUGUUAUUAAAAGAAAUGCGAGCCAGUGCUGGUGAGUGCUUGAUAGCAUGGUUCCCAAAGCCAUUCUAGCCCUGUGCUGUGCUUGUGCUCCCCUGCCUGUCCCUGUUCUUGCUCUCAGCUUGCUCCAUGAGCUGCCCCUGCGCACUCAGGAGAUAUCCUAGUGCUAACAGAAGCUAAUAAGAGCAUGGCUGGUUUUCCCACUGAGGGAAAACCAUGGGAAAUUUUGGCUUCCUAGAUAUUUUAGGCAUGUUGGGGGAAAGUCUAAAUUACUACAGUGAGAUUUUAAACAAAUGGAACUUUGAUACAAAGCUGGGAACCAUGGAAAUGCUGCAGCCCAGAGCCAGAAUUUCAUUUAUUGCUCUUGAGAAGAAUCAAAAAACCUCAAGUGAUUCAAUUCUAAUACAUUUCUAAAACUUAACUGCUUGAGGUUUAAACAAAUUUCAGUUCUGGUUUUAGAAACUAGGCCCUCUGUGUCUGUUACUACUUUUUUUAGAAAAUACUGAAUUCUCCUGAAUUUGAGCUUUAAUACUGCUAAAUAGCAGGCUUGAUAUUUUAGAAGAGAUAUCUUUUAUAAUUUUCAAUCCUGCUUUUCUUUGCUGCACAAUCUUCCAAAAGGCCUUUAUUCUUCUCAUUCCUACAUUAAGUACAAUUUGAAAAUAUAUGGUGAAAGCAGGCUUUUGAGUGCUAACUUGAUCUGCUCUAAUAGACUCAGUAACAAUUCUGCUUCCACCAUAGUAGGGAGCUUUAACACAGUUUUCCCUGCUUCCAUGUCUCUAGUGACAGUACUUUUGCAAAAUACUGAUGGCAAAAAGGUAAACUGGAGAAACUAAUUGAAUGCAUUGUUAAGUUUUUCUUCAAAUUCGUUGGAAUUUUCUGUAAUAAUUCUGGUGUUACCAGACAGUGACUAUUGCUUUUAGGCUUGGCUCCUUCUUUCAGUUCCAAGUGUGAGCAAUUUUACUAUUAGCUCAAUAGCCUUAGUGAUCAUUUCCAUCUUCAGUCAUUUCUGCAAAUAUUUAAAAAACCCUAACAGCCAGCCUGACUGCUGUUUGAGUCUAUCACCAUUGUGGUUUAUCCUGUCAGAAAAAGAACUGAGGAAUGGUGUAAAGUGACUUGAUCCUGCCAUUUGUAUUUUUAGGUAGUAUUUAAGACUUGAGUCUUUUUAAUUCUUGAUUAACAAUUUCUUGAGAUGUUCAUUUACUGUAACUCUUUCAGUCUCAAUGGGUUGGGGUAAAGCAUGGAAAAUUCCUUAAGCCAUCACCUACCUCUGCAAGCAGGCUCUUCUGAAUGAUCCUCUGCAUAGGCCUGCAUGAUAUUCUGACCUGCAUGUUUAUGGAGAACCUAAAGCUUCACUGAAAACAUUUCUUGCACACUCACUGCUUUUAACUUAUACUUGAAUAGCAAAGCUGUAUUCAGUACUUGUAAGAAUUCUUCUUUCUGCAAAGCUGUUGCUUCCAGGCUGAGCCUACAAAGCCUUGUUCACCCACUGGAAAGGCAUCUGUGAGCUGGAGUGGCUGCUGUUACCCCAGCCAGCUAACAGACCCUCAGCCAACUAACCUGCCUGCACAGCACAUGGAUGGGGUUAAGUUUUCAGUUGAAUGAAAAAUAAACACUGAUUUAUUUUUUUUUUUCCUAAUGCUAUUUUAUUUU